CUGGCAGAUGUGAACAGAGCGAGAGGCCUCAGAGAGAGGAAGUGUGGCAUUAGGGCGUGGUCAACUAUGUAACCAACACCCAUAUAUUCUCUUUUACGAAAGACCGGCAGAUGCUGCGCUUUGUUUGACUCUGAUUGGAUGCGGGAAGCAAGAUCAAAAUGAACAUCAAGAUCGUGUUGCGAGGGUCCACCUUUUUUCUGUUACUCAUCUUCAGAAGUUAUGCAGCUGAGAACGUGACACAAACAGAGACCCUGACACCCCUGGAAAGCUCCACACCUACGUUUUAUAGCUCUAAACCCACAAAUGUGGGUCAGGGUAACCCGAAUGCGACAGGGGUGACAAUGAGGCCAGAUGCAGAGCAGUUUAACCUCACCAUGACUGUGGCAAUCACUGACAGCUCUACAGACUCCCCUGUGACCUCCGCUGUGACCUUUGAAAAGACGCCCACCACACAGCAGGCCCGUAACACCUCCACCUCCAGAACCGCCAAAGCUGUGGUGUGGGAUGAGAAAUGGGACGAGCCGUUUCAUUACAAUUAUGCCUCUCUACGUCAUGUAGGGUUAACCAUCGCUGCGUUUCUCUUUGUGAUGGGAAUCAUGGUGCUUGGUUGUGGCAAAGUGAAACGAAUGCCACGGUGUCGUAUUGGCAAAGGAAGUUCAUACGAGGUGACCAGAAGUUAACACUUCUCCCAGCAUUGAUCGGCUGGCUCGGCAAUAAACAGAAGUACAGCAGGAGAACACAAAGAAGCCAGUCAGACCUGUUUCCACAGUGGUUACAGACUUAUAUUUCCCCCUUGUGAGAACAACAUCAUAAGGACAAGAUGGAGAGGUUGUGUGUGUGAGUGUGUUCAUUAUUUCAAACUGAUCUCCAGGUUUGUCACACAGAGGCGCCGGGGAAUAAGAUGUGUGCUAUCGUGCGGCACUAAACGCCAGCGGUAACACAACGGCUGGGACUUUGGCAGAUCCCAGUGUAAUCACGCGCCUCAGACACAAAAUCCCUUCAUUCCUCUGCUCUCCUGCUUCAAACUGCUCGGUUUAAGCGUCAAACUUUGUACAACGUAGACCUGUACUUGUUUUUUAUUAUCAUUAUUAUUUCAAUUCUGUACAUCCUCAGAUGUGUCUAUCUUUUGGAAAUGGAGAGGAGCAUUGUGUGGCUCACAAGCGCCCUCAAGAGGCCUUCAGACACAUUUAUUAUGAGUUCUCCCAAGAGGAGAGAAUAAAAACAGUUUGGCUCA